CUAGAACUCCGGAGCAGACAUGGGUUCCGUCCUAAUCUCCAGCCUUCUCCUGAGUUUAAUGGUACACACGUCCCACACAGGUCAGUUAUUCUUUAUUCUGUUUUUACUGACCUUUUGUGCAAUUUAUAUAUUGUGCUUUAUAAUAUACAAUACAGUAUGAGAUGAACAGCUUAUUAUCACAGGAUUAUUAACUAAAGGGAGAAUUGUCAGUAAUUCAAAGUGGAUUCAAAGCGAAUAUCAAAUUUAAGGUGAAAAUAGUCAAACAGGAACAAUAAGUGAGCUAUGCGUUCAGUUUGGCUGCUUUCACCUUAAAUUUUAUUUAGUUUAGUUUAGUUUUAGUUUAGUAAAUAACCCCUCCCCUUCCCCCCCUCCCACCCCACAUAUGUGAAGCCAGGAGCUAAAGAUGUAAGAAAUUGAUAUGCCAAACUGCAAUAUUGUAUAUAACUUUCUGUGUAUGUGACUGGUUUCACAAGUUGGGGUCAUUUACUUGAUAACAGUGUGAUAAGGAUCAAAGCGUUCAGUUGCAUUUUACACCACCCAGUUAAGACAAAAGCUUACGUCCCUCCAGGAGUUCUCCUGCCAACCAGUUUUAAAGUUUUAACAUCUAGGUGUAACCAUGGAAGUGUGUGUUUUCCCAAGCAAUCCUGUCCAAUCUACCAAGAAACCUAACCAACUGGUUACUUCUUUCAGAACGUUACAGUAUGGCUGGAGGGAAGAGAUCAAAGGGAAAGACUUGUGUAAAGACAGAACUCUCUGGAAAAAGAGGGUGGGAUAAACCACUUUUGGGAGGGAAAAGAGAUUCUGGGACUUGUAGUUUAUGACAGCAAAAAUGAGUCUUUAAAAGGACAACAGCCAAGGAGGUUGCGCUCUCUCUCUCUCUUUGUCUCUUUUGGAGAGGACAGCGCAGCAAGCACAGGUGGCUGUCCCCGAUUACUACCAAGAUGAAGGCACAAGGGGAAGACCUUUAUUGAAAUGUUUAAGUAUUGCCCUUUUAUUAUGUAUCUUUUGAUUAUGCACUGGAUUUAAUGUACAAUGUGUAAUGUGUAUAUCCUUUUCAAAUCUAACAGUAUCCUUAAAUUAAUAUUGACAAUACAUUUUAUUAUACACUUGUGUUUGUGUCUUAUUUGUCACACAUUCCCUAAAAGAAUAUCCUUGUAAGAGGGUUGUAGCGGAGAUGCAAUAUUUCCCAGGUUAUCUCCGCUUAAGAUCCCAGUGAGGCUCAGGAACAAGUAAAUUAUAAAUCCACAGGCAAAGUUUCCAACAGGCAAAAUAAUCCAAUAGUAUCCCAACAGCAAUCCCAAUGACUGGACGACACACAGCAUCAGGAGCAGAACUGACAACCUUUAUUCAGACAGUGGCCUUAUAUAGCAUGCUCCCAUGCAAGGGAGGGAUUACAUUCAUUAAUACAUUAGCCAAUCCUAUCCUGGUAACCUCCCACACAUCUCCUCCCCUCAGCCGGCAUCAUAAUCCCCUUAUCCAAUACAGCAAUUCCCCCCGUUUCUGGAUGUACCCCUAAACCUAGAGGUACCCCUUUAAAUUAUGCAUCCCCUGGUAGCCCUGAUCUGGGUGAACAACAUAUCCAAAAAUCACCCAGAUCAGACCAGGGGUUCGGGAAUUUCAUGGAGGGAAUAAAAUGACCGACCGCACUGGAUGAACUAGCCGAAUUGGGCUCCAUGCGAUUGGGCCCUGCGGUCGGUCCUGGAAACGGCGAAUGAAGUACCUGAAAGCCUCCAGCUAUAGAGGCUUGGGAGAGUUCACCUGAAUCCCCUCGUUCGGUUGAUUAUGCCUACCGAACGAGGGGCCGUUCGGUAGUUUGGAACCGAAUGGACCGGGCUGAUGGAGGUCUCAGCGGUGUUCGCCUAGUCGAGUGUCCGUUUUGAGUUCCAGACACUCGACGGCAAAACACCGCUGUUCGGGAGUUUAAGAUGGCCGCCGCCACGUGUUCGUUUCCCGAAUGGCGGCCACCUCCGAGAACAAAGGAUUGCUACACAGCUUGUCAAUUACCCGUUCGCAACAAUGUUGCAACGGGUAAUUGAAGGCACACUUCACCUAGGGGAGGUCUGAUUGUUCGGUAGUUUCAUUCGAACAAACUAAGGGAAUGAAACUACCUAACAUUCAGACGAAUCCAAUACAUUUUACACAUAGAACUUUGCUAUUCUACAUGAAUGCAUUCCCUUACUGCAUAGACAUUUGGCAAAUAGACUAAUACAAGUUAAACAUAAUGUAAGUCCCAGGGCAGCUCAUGGCCAUCCUCUACAAGGGUCAUAAUUUCUUACAAAGAGAUUGGAGGCGGCAAGGCGAGGAACAACUUCAGGUAAGUACAGCUAACUUCCACUUCAUCAGACUGCCACCAGACCAUUAAAGGUGAUGUCACUUUUGGGGGUCAAUGCAAAAUAUUUAAAGACUAUGGAGCGUGUGGUUUUGGAGUCGAUCUGGGUGUGAACCUGUUUAUUUAAUUUACAGCCUGUGCGUGAUCUUAUAACAGUUUUAGCCAACAAAUGCAUGUCCUUACCUGGCAAAACAGGAUGGGUGCAGAUUGGGGGGCUGGGUUGGUCCUCUAUGCCAAAUCAGUUGAGGUAGGAACAAAAAUCUCCUACAUGAAUCUUUCUUAGCUCAGCUAUUAUCCAACUCCGAUAUGUGGCCUAAAAUGUAAACUUCCUUUGUCAGAUCUCCACAAUUUUUAGUUUAAAGGAACAAUUUAGUGUUAGGAAUACAAAGCUGUAUUUUUAACACUAAAGUGUUCCUCUGCCCACUCACACCAACUACCAAAUAAAGGGAUAAAACCCUAUUUCCACUCACCUUAUUCCAGUGCCUUUGGCACUGGCUUCCUCUCUGCCUCCUCUUGCGACGUCAGUGCUGAGGGGGGAACUGAACUUGCAUGUGUGGCGAAUGCCGCAUGCAUUAGACUUUCCCCACGAGGAAGCAGUGAUUCAGUGCUUUCCUAUAAGGGAUUUGAAGAAUCUGGACAUCCUCAUGUAAAUUGUGAGGAUGUCCAGGGUCAUUUUACGGAGUCAAACUCUUUGAAACAGGAAGCAGUGCCUCUAGUGGCUGUGUGAUGAACAGUAACUCAAGGCAGUCUUAACCCUGCAAAAACACCUCAGCGGAACUGGUGAUAAUUCCUUUUUUACCCACCCCAGAAAACAUAUAAAGCACACUUUUUUUCUGCUCACUGGGAAUCAUGGGAGAUUUGGAAUUUGCAUUGAAUGUCAGGCUGUGCCAGGGAUACCGUCCGUACAUUUGAUGAACGUCCAAAUGAAUAAGAUGUUUUAAAAAAAAAUAAAAGUACCACUACUGGUUUACAUGUAGGUUGCAAUACGAAUAUUCCUUUCUUUAAAAAGUGGCAGCUUCAGACACAGAGAUAAAACUACUAAAAAUACAAAAAAAGAUUAAAAAAAUCAAAACCAAAUGAAAAAGUAUUGAUAUGUAGUCUCAAAAUAACACACAACGCAUAAAUACCUUAAUUAAAAUAUAGGUGGGAUAUACCCUUAUAUGGCCAAUAUAUAAAGAACAGUAGGGUUCUAAGCACCGAAUAUAUGUGCUAGUCUUAGAUCACACACAUACCAAGAGGAAUGCUAUCAGGUACUUGGAGAGCUGGUCUGUGUGAGACUCUCAGCGGACAAAGAUAAUUAUGUGAGAAGCCUGAGAUACAAGGAAGUAGCUUUAUUUUUACAGCAGUCACACAGCCCAGCUAGGAGCCACAGAGGGUGUGCCAACGCUGCCAAUCCAAGGAUUAAUUUCGUAAUAUUAUAUAACUAAUCUCCAAGUCACCCAUGAUUCCAGUUUGGCUAUUUUAAUUUUUACAUGUGAAAUCCACUUUGAACUCCUGACAUUUGUCACUUUAGUAAGUAAUCCUAUAAAUGCAUAUUUUAUUCAGUAGAAGUUAUUGGUGUCUUUAUUUUCUUCCCAGAUAGCUACACCGUGACAUAUCAUCACACCUACCUUCCAAUCUCAAAUCCAGAUUUUUUUGCUGAUUUAUACCUGAAUGACAUCCCCGUGUAUUGGUACGACAGCAAUAACAAUUGGCUGGACCCUCUCGUCCCGUGGAGAAAGAAGAUGCCGUCAAACUAUUCCUGGGUCAAUCUUCAGCUCGAACUUUGGAGAGAUGAAAAAUUUAUGAAGAAUACCUCAUUGGGUAUGAAGGCAAUUUGCAUUAUAACGUGCACUCACACAAAAGUAUGAUGAUGAUUUUUUAAAAAAAUAUUUUAAUUUUAAUUAAGGUUUUCAAGUUUACAAUUACACAACAGAUCACUAGAGAUGUCGCGAACUGUCCGCCAAACUGUUCGCGAACUGUCCGCCGGCGAACAAUAGCGUGUUCGCGUUGGGCGAACAUAUCCGAUUUCCGGUCCGCCCCCUAUAAGUCAUCAUUGAGUAAACUUUGACCCGGAACCUCACAGCCAGCAGACACAUUCCACCCAAUCAGCAAAAGACCCUCCCUCCCAGGAAGUGUCUGCUGACUGUGAGGUUCCGGGUCAAAGUUUACUCAAUGAUGACGUAAGGGGGCGGACCGGAAAUCGGAUAUGUUCGCCCAACGCGAACACGUUAUUGUUCGCCGGCGGACAGUUCGCGAACAGUUCGGCAGACAGUUCGCGACAUCUCUACAGAUCACCCGUAAUUCAGAUACCAAAAUCAUUGAAGUAGAAAAACUGUAACAAUACUCUAUUCAAAAGUAUAUAUGCAGUCACAACCCUUGCUGUACUGGUAUUACAUAUUGGGAGAAAUCAAGGAGGCCUACUAAGAUUUAUUAGUUGGGUGAAGUCAUAAGUACGCCAAAGUUCCCAUACCUUAUUAACCUUAUGUAAGGUACACGAUAUUCUAUGGGACAUUUCUUCAUAUGUAAAAAAAAAAGCUUUGUUUAGCAGCUAGCAGGAUAUGCGUUAUCAUGAGUUUAGAGGUUCCAACAGGGUUAUCCGGGAACCCAUCCAACAAAAAGCUGCUAUAAUUAUCAUGUAAAUUUAGCAUAAAAACGGUUAUUUAAAACACUAGAUACAAAAUACAGUUUUGCUCAUGCGAUGACUAAAUGUAUAUUAAGGAAGUAAAAGCAACUCUGUAAACCCCUCCCCCCUCCAGAAUGAGUAUUUCAUACAGAUAGAAUGUUUAUGUAAUACUCAUUUUGACUGGGUUGGAAUUUCACUAAAAUUCCAACCCAGUCAAAAGAUAUACAGAGACAAAGUAGGGACUAUUUUGUCUCAGUAUUUUUCUAUACAUCAUAAACUCCUGUGAAAGAGUUCUUAAAGUGAACUGCAUGCAGACACUAAAGGUCCAGCCCAGAGAGUCCUCUAAAGGACCACCAGAGACUUCCAAACGAUAAGAAGGAGGUAGACAAGCUUAAAAAAAAAAUAUAUAUAAGGAGAGUUAUGAGGGGAGACCUCACACCAUGCACUCAACCUCCUCCCCCAACACACAAAACUCAGUCACGCUCAGCCUCCACUUAACACACACAACACUCAGCCUCCUCUACAAACAAAAUUCAGCCACCACAUACAGCUGUAAUAAGCCACCACACACAACUUCAAUAAGCCAUCACAAACACAAGCCUGAACCCCCACCCACAGGCACACUGUGAGAAUAUUUAUUUGGUGAUAAAUAUUAAAAAUAAUAUUUUCAUAAAAAUUAUCAAAAAAAUUUAUUAUAUAAAAAAUUGAUAUCUUGGCACUGUUCCCCGAAUAAUUAUAUAAAGCUGAGAAUUACCCACACUUUUAAUUAUCUUAGAUCCUAGAGGAAGUUUCACUAGAGAAUUUUUACUUCACACAGUAAUCACAAAUUCAUUAUAAAAAUAUAAUUUAUUGUGACAAUAAUAAUAAAAAUAAUAAUAAUAUGUAACAUGCGUGACAAUAAUCAUUGAAUAUUUAGGUAUAACAUAAGUAUACAAUAUGGCAAUGGUUUCAACACAUUAUAGACAGCUAAAUAGCGACAGUUGUAGGCAAUUUAACAAGAUUUAUGAUAGGACACUACUUCACUUAGAAAUAAGUUCACAGAACACAGCAGCACAGCGUAAAGCAAUAAAAACUUUGUCUGACAGUCAAAUCACACUGAAUUAACUCAUUCAUUGCUAGCUACAAUCCUCAUACCAGAUCAUUCACCAUUCCUAGGACCAUCCAAUAAGAAUAAUUCUAACCAGAUUUUACGUUUGCAGAAUUUUAACUUUCCUAAUGAAGAUUAUCUGUUUUAUAUCAGAACAAGUCAAUACCUGGAUAAAAAUUUGGUAUGCUAACAUUUGUCAAAUUUACCGUUAAUAUAUCGUUAUCUUUAUUCCACCUGCAGGAAUGGAAUUUUUAUAACCAUAUAUUCCUUAGCUAACUAUGAUUUCUAAUAAUUGAAAUCUGACCAAUAUUUAUCCAGAUAUAUAUUCCUGCUAUUAGUAAAAAAUUAUUAAAGGACCACUAUAGUGCCAGGAAAACAAACUCGUAUUCCUGGCACUAUAGUGCCCUAUGGGUGCCCCCACCCUCAGGGUCCCACUCCCGCUGCGCUGAAGGGGGAGGAAAGGGGUUAAUCACUUACCUUUUUUCCAGAGCCGGGCUCCCUCGGUGCUGGGGACUCUCCUCCCUCUUCUGAUGUCAUCGGCUGAAUACGCAUGCACGGCAAGAGCCGCGCGCGUAUUCAGCCAGUCCAUAGGAAAGCAUUCUCAAUGCUUUCCUAUGGACGCUGGCGUCUUCUCACUGUGAAAAUCAUAGUAAGAAGUGCGGAAACGCCUCUAGCGGCUGUCAAUGAGACAACCACUAGAGGCUGGAUUAACCCAUAUGUAAACAUAGCAGUUUCUCUGAAACUGCUAUGUUUACAGCAGAAAGGAUUAAUCCUAGAUGGACCUGGCACCCAGACCACUUCAUUUAGCUGAAGUGGUCUGGGUACCUAUAGUGGUCAUUUAAUUUAAUUUAAUUUAAUUUAAUGUAAUUAAACCAAUAUAAUUACCAGUUAGGAUGUAGAUUUUCUAUCAGAUGUAUAGAUAUGUCCCAGGAAUUUCGAAUUCAAGUAUGAUGAGAAUUGUGGAAAAUAGGAAAGUUUUCAGAGUUCUGAAGUUGUGUUAGUUGGAAAAGAUAAAGACAGCUUUUGAUUCAGAUGUCAGAUCUUAGCUGUUAGAUGUGGGUCCAAGAGAAUGUUUAGAGUGUCCAAGAGUCAGAAUGUGUAAGUCCCCGAGAGUUUGAGAGUGUGUUCUUUCUCUUCCCUUUGUCCUUACUUUUAAAGGGGCAAAUUCUCUGCAUGUCACCAGUCGAUAGGAUCAAUAGGGAACUGUGUGUCUUCCCUACAGACUAUCAUCUAGAUUUUGGUCAAUAGGUGGGACAAUUACAUCACCAAAAAUUCUUGUCAGGGGUCCAUUUACAUUUUUGGAUAAUGGGUUAAUUAAAUUUGGUGAUCUGUCUGGUUUUCUUGUGUGAAACUGUGUUUAAGAUUAUUUAUACUCCACUAACAUUAGUAAAUAAUAUGAUAUUUCUUCAUUUAUAUUUAUCCAUGAAUAGUCUAUAUUAUUAACAUAAUACUAAUUAUAUAUGAUAUAUAUGCUUAUAGGUAGUUAUAAGUGGAUAUUGUGUAUAUAUCGCAUUCAACCCCCCUUUUGCUGCAAACAUUAUGUCUUAUCUCUAAUGUUUACAUAAGUCGCAUUCCUUAGCUCAGACUUGAAUGAAUAGAGUGAUAGAGAGAGAAAUCUUGUGUCUGUCUCAGCCUUGUAAUACAAGAUGGAGUCACCUCUGUUCUGAGGGUGACUGACAAUAUACACUUUUAAUUUCUGUCUUAACACAAAAUGUCUGCCGAUAUAAAUAUACUGACAACACUCAUACUCCCCGAACAAAUAUAUCACUCAGCUACCUCAUACACAAUACUGAGCUACACUCAGACUCCCCACCACACAACAUUCAGUCAUGCUCACACACAUACAACACUCAGCCAUGGCUCAUAAGGCCUAGGGCCCAGGACAAUCUCAAUCUGACUCUGUGUUGUAUGUAUGAGUAUGGUGUUGUGUGUAGGGGAGGUUGCUUGUGGUGUUGUGUGCAUGGGGCGCAGCUUGUGGGUUUAUAUGUGUCAGUGUCAGAAUGUAUUAAUUGUAUAAGUCUGACACACUGCAAUAAAAUUUUUAAAGAAAUAUUUCUGUCCUUCAUUCCACCUGUGAAAAUGUUUUAAGGAAAUGUCAGUGGCACUAAUAAACAACGACCCCUAUAUAUAAAGCCAAUAGAUUUUUUUUACCAUCUUCCAUGAUUUUUAGUCAGUUGUCCGGAAGCCAAAGGGCUUGAUGAGAGUCAUGAGAGUUGACGUAUAACAUCUCUUAUCUCCGGGAGUCAUUUGCAUUCAUGUUUUGUUACUAACGCGAUUUCUGUCUCUCAGGUAACGACACUCAGCAAGUCUUUCAUGGCUGUGAAAAAUUUGAGAAUGGCUCUUUCCAAUCAUAUCUCCAGACUGCGUAUAGAGGAGUAGAAUUGUGGAGGUUUGAUACGGACACUGGAAACUAUUCCUCGGAAAUAAACCGAACUCAGAAAAUGCUGGAUAAUCUGAACGCAAACAGAACAGGAGCCGAAAUGAGAAUAGAAGAACUGACUACCUUCUGUGAGAAUGUCCUCAAUUUAUUAGUGACGGACGGGCAAGAAUACAUCAACAGAAAAGGUGAAAAACAAUUAUUUUAAUUUAUUCAAUGAAAAUGAGCAGAAGGGGAGGAAGUAAUGCAUCUAUGGGGUAGUAAUGGUGGCCAAUUUCUGUACACAAAGCUUUGUGCAAAAUUUCUACCUUUAUACCUUAAAAGAGGAAGCAAGGGUAAUUGAAGUACAAGUUAGGAGUAGUUUUCAGGGCCGUCUUUAAUAUUGAUUGGACCCUGGGCAAGCAUCUGUUUGGGCCCCCUGGGCAUGCAAUCACUCCCUCCACCCCAACCUAGAGGUGAAACUAAUGUAGAGAGUGCCUUGGUGCAACAAAAAAAAAUUCAGGCCUGCCCUGUAGCACAAGAGUAAAGAAAAGAUAGAUCCCCAUCUGUCAUACAACUCCUGCGAUGCUAUGCCAGGUGGGGAUCUACCAUCCUUGCAGGGUUGCAUUUUUGAGCAGUGUUUGUGCAAAUGAAUGUCAGCAUGUUAUUGUAUAGAGUGUAUGUGUGCAUGUAGGAGUGUAUUUGUAUGUACUGUUACCAUUGGAAUGCAGUGGUGUACUUGUGUGUAGUGUUUGCAUUUUAAUGCAGGGAUGUGUGAUUGUUUGUAGUGUUGGCUUUUAAAUGCAGGUGUACUUUUGUGUGUAGAGUUGGUGUUUGUAUAUAAUUUUAGCGUUUUAAUACAGGAAUGUGUUUGCAUGUAAUGUUUGUAUUUGCAUGCAGGGGGGUGUUUGGAUGUAGUGUUGUCUUUUAAAUACAUGUGUACAUUUGUGUGUAGUAUUAGUGUUUCAGCAAACUGGUGUGUUUGUAAUGUUUGUGUUUGCAGGGGUCUGUUUGCAUGUUGUGUGAUUUCUAUAACACAUAUACACAUACACAUUAACACGCAGAUACACACAUGCUCACACUGACACAUGCUCACACCUUGACACAUACUGGCACAUACACAUACAGACACACUCAGAUACACACCCUUUGACACACAGAUACAAGCACUUUGAUAUACACACACUGGCACAUACACACACACACUGACACAGGUAUAUACACACACACUCAGAUACACACAUACAUAAAGGUAUAAAUGCAGGGGUGUGUAUGUGUACAGUGCUAGAGAUGGAAUGUAGGAGUGUAUUUGUGUUGGCAUUAAAAUGCUGGGAUGUAUGCAUUACCACACACUCAGAUGCACACUUACACACACACCGAAACACACACACAGGUGCACAUACAGGUGUAUGAGGUAUUCAUACACACAGAAACACUGACACACAGACAAACACAGCCAGAUACACACAAGGACAUAAACACAGCCAGAUACACACACAUAUAUAUGUGUACAUUUACAUAUUUUAAUCUCUGCCUUCUAGCAGCUCUUGGACAGCAACUCCCAGCAACCUUGGCCAAUAUAAUGUCUCAACUCUGUUCUUACAUAACCUGGUCCAGAAUUUGGCAAAAGUGACAUUUGAAAAUGGUGUACCACCUUUGAUAACACUUGAUGCAAUAUGUUAAAAUAAAUACUUUUUAAAUUUAUAUUUAAUAGGGAACUGUCAGGUUCUUCUAGGAUUUUUAACAUGUACUUAUUCCCUGUGUGUUACAUUACAAACACCAACACAAUUAAAUAAAAGUGAUAUCAGAAAUUAGCAAAACAAAAAACAAAACAUAUUUAGCCACCCUCCUGUCUCCUUACCUUUUGGGUACAGAAAGGUGGCUUCCCUGGGGUCCAGUGGGAGCUUGUUGGCCCAGGCUGAUGGGAGUCUGCCAUCAGCUUUCUCAGUCCCUCUCCCCCACAAUGCUUGCAUCCUCCUCCGUGUGGUGUGUGCCUCCUCCCCAGCGGCACUGAGGAGGAACUGAUCAGUUCUUACUGGGAGGAAGCAGUCUGACCUCACUGCCUCCCAGCAUGUCCAGGAAACAAAGAGACUCACAGGGCAGUAUGUGAGGGGGCUAGCUGUGAGUAUGUAGUCAGCCACCCCCCAUAUAACUGGGGCCCGGGCCGGUCCAGAGCAGUAUUAAAGGGCUGUGGCCCCUGAUUACCGCAGGUGCCGCAGGGGGCCCAUGGGGCAGCUGCCUUAGGGCCCCCAGGAGUAACUGGGCCCGGGGCAGCUGCCCCUUUUGCCCCUCCUUAAAGACGGCCCUGGUAGUUUUAUAUUAUUAUUUAUGUUGCGCCAACAAAUUCCGCAGUGCUGUUCAAAGUGUUUAUAUAAAGGACCCCUUGUAUUAUAAGAGCCUCAGAGAGCAUGUAACAUAAAUUUAGUCCUGGAUCAAUCCCUCACUUUUUAUUCUGUUUUACCCCACCCUAGAGGAACCUCAGCAGAUGGAGCCACAAUCACUGUCAAUAAAUGUGUAUUGCAGCUCUAAGUGCUAUAUGGCUGCAUUUAAAUUUCUCUGCCAUUUUCUGGACCCCCCUUUAUAGGAAUAUUUAUGUUCAGAUGUAAAUGAUACAAGGAAGCACUAUCCUAUCUGCUUAGUUAGUAACAAGUUAACAAUUUCCCCAAACUACCAGACCACAUCUAGGGAUGAAAGCAAGGUGACAAUAGAUUGGAUACAAAUAGUUCUAUAGCUGCCUUAUCAAGAACCGUGCAACCCAACCAAGUAAAUAUCAGUUUAUUGUAUCAGUCAAAAAGCGUCAGUACAAUCAGUAGAACCACACCCCAAGUAAUACAAUGAACCCCACUGAAAACAAUCAUUUCUGAUGUAUCUCUUUUUGUAAAAGAUAUUCCACCCAAUCCUUGGAGAAACCUUUCUUUCUGUUUAUCUACAGUGUAAGAGGAAAACACUAUCCUUCUACUCUGAGAUCGAAAAAAACCCACCAGGAAUAUGGUGACUGGAAAUCAUGGUCACGAGUUAAAAGGUUUUGAUAGAUCAUGCCCCUGCAGUCUAACUGCUCAAUUCUAUGCUAUUUAGAAGUUAAAUCAGUUUUAUUUCUGUUUAUGCAUCCCUUGCCAACCCCCCUGGCUGUGACUCACACAGUCUGCAUACAAAAAUGGUUUCAUUUUGAAUCAGAUGUUAACUUGUUUUAAAAGUUUUUAUCUCCUGCUCGGUAAAUGGAAUUUUAAUCAGACAUAGAAGGCAAGUUUAGGACCUAGAAGACUAUACAGAACAGGAGAUAAGGAGAUAAGAAACUCUAAAUUAAACAGAAUGCGCAAUAAAGGAAGUUUAAACAUUAGCGCUCUCUUUACAGGAAGUGUUUAGGAAUGCUAUGCAAAUGACAUGCAGGGAAGUGUGACUAGGGCUCUAUAAACAAAGUGAUUUAACUCUAAAAUGGCAGAAAAUUGAGCAGUGAGACUGCAGAGGGAAUGAUCUCUGAAGAUGUUUUGGGGCCUAUAGUGGCCCUUUAAAGGGAGAUCAUAGUAAAGCAGAACACUUCAGCUUUAAUUUUGACCCACCGUGCACAUGGUCCCAUGCCCAAAACAGUUCCAGAGAAUUAGGGCUAACAGUCGGUCUCUUUGUCUGGAGUACAAAAGUGCAUACUUCACAUGAACAGAGCCUUUUAAAGUGCAUUUGGCAAGGUAUAUUGCAAGGCCCAAAGUCCUGAGGCAAGAGGCUUGCUAGCAGGCCCCUCCAAGAACCCGCGACGAGGUUCAGUUUGUCACAGGGCCAUAAUCACAGGGUAGGAGGCUGGCAAACAGGCCCCUCCUAAAGCCAGUGACAAGGUUACUUUCGUCACAUCCACUAUAAAUAACAAAUGGCCCUAAUCAGGGUUGCCAGCUCUAGCCAAUAAUUUUUAUCCUCAGAUUGGAACCUUUAGUUAGACAUAUAACAUCCACUCAUCAGCGGACUUCCAACACCAUGUGGGGAACAUAAAAUAGCGCUCUUCCCUGACAAUGUCCUACUGCUGUUAUGUAAGCCAGACACCGCGAUCCCUUCGCUGACGCAACUUCUAGAUACAUAUGUCAAAAUAUCAUACUACAAGAAUUACAUUAAAAAAACACAGGCACUACCAAUACGGAUCUCCGAUUAAAUUGAUGAAAUCUCACUCUCUCUUGAUAUGAGAAAACCAUGUUUGCAUAAAUUAGAUGGACAGCCACAUAAAUGGGAGGACUUCGGGGUGUCAUGGUUGGGCCUCUUCACACUUUGAAAAAAUUGCGUACAGGUUGCAGGGAAGGGAUGUAGACUUUGCUAAAGAUUGGACAGGGUGGCAGUCAGUCAAACAGAAAUAUAUUGACAAGGUGAUAUAAAUAAAUAAAAAAAUUUCAAAAGUUGCUUGACCAACAUGCAUACCCAGUGUUUAGUAAAUGGGCUGCAAUUACAUGUACUUCGAGUUGUUUAUUCUAGAUAACUUUGAGUUGUUUAUUCGAGAUAACAUACAUAUGCCAACUGAUGUGUCAUAUUCACCAACAGAGGGAAGGUACUUUCUAAUAUUGUCUUCACUUCGCUGUAACACAUAUCAUAUGAUAUAUCCACUGAUGUUUUAUCUUCUCUCUCUCUCCUUGCUUUUUCUCCCCCUUUUCACUUUUCAUUCGUGUUGGGUUUAUUAUUAAAUGAACCCACAGAGACCAAAGGAUACGUGCUUACUCACAGCACUGCAAGGACAUUUGACUCACUAUCUCAGAAUGUAUUUGAAAGAUGCUUAACAUGGUCCUUCUAUUCAUCCUUAUUGUGCUGUGCCGAUUGUAUAUGGGACUGUAUGAGGAAAUGUAUCUUUUGUCUUUUUGUUGCUUCGUGUACACGAAUGCUUAUCUAUUGUGAUAUUGUAAAACAACAAAAGCUUUGACAUUGAAAAAAAACAGCAAGCUAAGCAAGUUGCAAGUUAUCACAAUUUUUCCAUAAUUAGAGAAUUCCGUAUGCCCUUAUUUUAUUGUCUUAUUGCAGUUAUGCCUGUAGGUAUAGUAAUUUGUGAUACAUUGCAUUUUUUCUCAUUACAGUUGUACCAGAUGUAAUAGUGCUCUCUAGUGGUGAUACACUGUACUGCAAAGCAUAUGGACAUUACCCCAGAAAAAUUGAUAUGACCUGGUACAAGAAUGGACAGAUUAUACCUGAUGGGGAAUUGGAGAUACUGACACUGCCUCUCACUGAUCAGACCUAUUUAUCCUCUAUUUCGGUCAAUAUAUCCUCGAUAUCAGAAGAUGCAUACAUCUGCCUGGUAAACCACAGCAGCCUGGAGGGUCCGACAUCUAUACUAUGGAGUAAGUAGGAGUAAUAAUAUAUAUAUAUACUCUCUGUAUGUAGAGACUGAGCUCUCUCUCUCUCUCUCUGUAUGUACAGACUGAGCUCUCUCUCUGUAUGUAGAGACUGAGCUCUCUCUCUGUAUGUAGAGACCUAGCUCUCUCUUUCUCUCUGUGUACAGACUGAGCUCUCUCCCUCUCUCUCUCUCUCUGUAUGUACAGACUGAGCUCUCUCUCUGUGUAUGAAAGGACUGAGCUCUCUCUCUGUGUAUGAACAGACUGAGCUCUCUUUCUCUCUCUCUCUCUGUAUGUACAGACUGAGCUCUCUCUCUCCCUCUGUGUGAACAGAGUAAUCUCUCUCUCCCGUUUGCAUCUUAUUAAUCAUAUAAAUGAUAUAAAUGAUAUAAAUGAUAUAAAUGAUAUAAAUUAUAUUUUGUUUUCAUACAGAGAGAUCUGGCCUCGCGGAGUCCAACAGCAAUAUUAACGUAAUUCCCUCCAUCGGGAUAGUGAUCCUCAUCACACUCCUCGUCAUUCUGUUCGUGUUAGCCUCUGUGUUUGGAUUCAUAAUGUGGGAAAAAGGCAGAAAAGGUAAGAAACUUCAUAUAAACUAAUGAUAAUAAUUUCCUACUUUACCUCCUAAUAAUAAAUAUACUGACUCCAUACAGCUCAUCUCAAUGCUCAGUAUGGCAAUCUGUGUGACUCUUAUAGUCUAAUAAUCCAGAAAGCAUCACUAGUUCUUCUCAUUAACUUCUUAUAACCAUAACAAUCUUAAUAUUAGUCACAAUAACCCCUUAUUACUCCAUAUAACCCUCCCUAUAACUCCUCCUAUUACUCCAUGUAGCACUCCCUAUAACUCCUCCUAUUACUCCAUAUAACCCUCCCUAUAACCCCUCCUAUUACUCCAUAUAACCCUCCCUAUAACCCCUCCUAUUACUCCAUAUAACCCUCUCUAUAACUCCUCCUAUUACUCCAUAUAACCCUCCCUAUAACUCCUCCUAUUACUCCAUAUAACCCUCUCUAUAACUCCUCCUAUUACUCCAUAUAACCCUCCCUAUAACUCCUCCUAUUACUCCAUAUAACCCUCAAUAUAACCCCUCCUAUUACUCCAUAUAACCCUCCCAAUAACCCCUCCUAUUACUCCAUAUAACCCUCCCUAUAACCCCUCCUAUUACUCCAUAUAACCCUCCCAAUAACUCCUCCUGUUACUCCAUAUAACCCUCCCUAUAACUCCUCCUAUUACUCCAUAUAACCCUCAAUAUAACCCCUCCUAUUACUCCAUAUAACCCUCCCAAUAACCCCUCCUAUUACUCCAUAUAACCCUCCCUAUAACCCCUCCUAUUACUCCAUAUAACCCUCCCAAUAACCCCUCCUAUUACUCCUGGCCCUCCUAUAACUCCUCCUGUGCUCCCGCUAUAACCCUCCCUAUAACCCCUCCUAUUACUCCAUAUAACCUCCCUAUAACUCCUCCUAUUACUCCAUAUAACCUCCCUAUAACCCCUCCUAUUACUCCAUAUAACCUCCCUAUAACUCCUCCUAUUACUCCAUAUAACCCUCCCUAUAACUCCUCCUAUUACUCCAUAUAACCCUCACUAUAACCCCUCCUAUUACUCCAUAUAACCCUCCCUAUAACCCCUCCUAUUACUCCAUAUAACCCUCCCUAUAACUCCUCCUAUUACUCCAUAUAACCCUCCCUAUAGCCCCUCCUAUUACUCCAUAUAACCCUCCCUAUAUCCCCUCCUAUUACUCCAUAUAACCCUCCCUAUAACCCCUCCUAUUACUCUAUAUAACCCUCCCUAUACCUCCUCCUAUUACUCCAUAUAACCCUCCUAUAUCUCCCCCUAUUACCCCAUAUAGCCCUCCCUAUAACUCCUCCUAUUACUCCAUAUAACCCUCCUUAUAACCCCUCCUAUUACUCCAUAUAACCCUCCCUAUAGCCCCUCCUAUUACUCCAUAUAACCCUCCCUAUAACUCCUCCUAUUACUCCAUAUAACCCUCCCUAUAACCCCUCCUAUUACUCCAUAUAACCCUCCCUAUAACCCUCCUAUUACUCCGUAUAACCCUCCCUAUAGCCCCUCCUAUUACUCCAUAUAUAACCCCACUCCUACCCUCCUUCUAUAACUCCAUAUAACCUCCUAUAACUCCUCCUAUUAUAUCGCAUCCCUAUAACUCCUCCUAUUACUCCAUAAAACCCUCCCUAUAACCCCUCCUAUUACUCCCUAUAACCCUCCCUAUAACUCCUCCUAUUACUCCAUAUAACUCUCCCUAUAACUCCUCCUAUUACUCCAUAUAACUCUCCCUAUAACCCCUCCUAUUACUCCAUAUAACCCUCCCUAUAACUCCUCCUAUUACUCCAUAUAACCCUCCCUAUAUCCCCUCCUAUUACUCCAUAUAACCCUCCCUAUAACUCCUCCUAUUACUCCAUAUAGCCCUCCCUAUAACUCCUCCUAUUACUCCAUAUAACCCUCCCUAUAACUCCCCCUAUUACUCCAUAUAACUUUCUCUAUAACCCCUCCUAUUACUCCAUAUAACCCUCCCUAUAACUCCUCCUAUUACUCCAUAUAGCCCUCCCUAUAACUCCUCCUAUUACUCCAUAUAACCCUCACUAUAACUCCUCCUAUUACUCCAUAUAGCCCUCCCUAUAACCCCUCCUAUUACUCCAUAUAGCCAUCCCUAUAACUCCUUCUAUAACUCCAUAUAACCCUCCCUAUAACUCCUCCUAUUACCCCAUAUAGCCCUCCCUGUAACUCCUCCUAUUACUCCAUAUAACCCUCCCUAUAGCCCCUCCCUAUAACUCCAUAUAACCCUCCCUAUAACUCCUCCUAUUACUCCAUAUAACCCUCCCUAUAACUCCUCCUAUUACUCCAUAUAGCCCUCCCUAUAACCCCUCCUAUUACUCCAUAUAACCCUCCCUAUAACUCCUCCUAUUACUCCAUAUAACCCUCCCUAUAACUCCUCCUAUUACUCCAUAUAACCCUCCCUAUAACCCCUCCUAUUACUCCAUAUAACCCUCCCUAUAACUCCUCCUAUUACUCCAUAUAACUCUCCCUAUAACUCCUCCUAUUACUCCAUAUAGCUCCUAUAGCUCAUCACAGUACUCCUUAGCUCUAAACUCCUCCUAAUACUCCAUAUAGCCCUCCCUAUAACUCCUCCUAUUACCCCAUAUAGCCCUCCCUGUAACUCCUCCUAUUACUCCAUAUAACCCUCCCUAUAGCCCCUCCCUAUAACUCCAUAUAACCCUCCCUAUAACUCCUCCUAUUACUCCAUAUAACCCUCCCUAUAACUCCUCCUAUUACUCCAUAUAGCCCUCCCUAUAACCCCUCCUAUUACUCCAUAUAACCCUCCCUAUAACUCCUCCUAUUACUCCAUAUAACCCUCCCUAUAACUCCUCCUAUUACUCCAUAUAACCCUCCCUAUAACCCCUCCUAUUACUCCAUAUAACCCUCCCUAUAACUCCUCCUAUUACUCCAUAUAACUCUCCCUAUAACUCCUCCUAUUACUCCAUAUAACCCUCCCUAUAACUCCUGCUAUUACUCCAUAUAGCCCUCCCUAUAACCCCUCCUAUUACUCCACAUAACCUUCCCUAUAACUCCCGCUAUUACUCCAUAUAACCCUCCCUAUUAUAACUCCUCCUAUUACUCCAUAUAGCCCUCCCUAUAACUCCUCCUAUUACUCCAUAUAACCCUCCCUAUAACUCCUCCUAUUACUCCAUAUAGCCCUCCCUAUAACCCCUCCUAUUACUCCAUAUAGCCAUCCCUAUAACUCCUUCUAUAACUCCAUAUAACCCUCCCUAUAACUCCUCCUAUUACUCCAUAUAGCCCUCCUAAGCCCCUCCUGUGCUCCAUAUAGCCCUCCACUCGCUCCUCCUGUUGCAAUAUGGCCUCAUAUAGCUGUACUCCUGUUACUCCAUAUAGCCCUCCCUAUAGCUCCUCACUCCUGUUACUCCAUAUAGCCCCUCCUAUAGCUCCUCCCUGUGCUCCAUAUAGCCCUCCUAUGGCCCCUCCUGUGCUCCAUGUAAGCCUCACUGCAUAGCUCCUCCCUAUUACUCCAUAUAGCCACUCCUAUGGCUCACAUCCCCUGUGCCAUGCCAAUACCUCCUAUAGCUCCUGUGCUCCAUAUAGCUCGUCCUGUGCCCCUCUCCUGCUCCUCCUGGCUAUUUCAUAUAACCCUCCCGACCGGGAUCCGUGAACGGCUCCAAUCUCCCGAACGGCAAUACACGAACUGCUGCUAGCCGCCGAACAAUAACAUCCACCAAGCGGCUUUCGUUUCCAUCCAGCAGUCUCUAAAAGUGAAGAAGAAAUCACCCCAAUAACGAGACAGAAGCUCCGCAUUGAGGGUCAAACAGGAUCUGGCUUUACUGUGGGCUACCUGCCCGUAUUUAUGCAGGUCUCCCACUUGGUGGACACUCCCCUAGGGGACCAAAUGGGAGACUUAAAUGACAGACAGAUAUGGGGACAUUCCAGACACAUAGACACAGUUUUUACCCACAAUGCACUAUGAUUCCCUCCCCUCUGCCUUGGAGAUAAUUACCAAGUAACUCAAUUAUCUCCAGGACAAAGCCAGUCGCCAUUUUAAAUAUAAAAUCAUAAAAGAUAUAAAAAUACAUUACUUUAAAAUAACCGAACAUUUUCCAUUCGUAUCACAUAUCCCCAGAUAGCCUGGAUCUGAGUGCAUAUUAUUAGCGAAUAGCGCUCAGAUCCCACACACAUAGUUUAAUCGCCAUGGAGUCAAAGUUCUUACAGUCCUUCGGUAUACGAAUGACUCCAUGGGAAGGCUAUCUGGGUUAAGUCCUUUCGUAUGCUUCAAACCUCCCGAACGGCCAGUAUUCGUAUGCUUUCUUGGAGGCAGCCAGGCGUUCCGUUCUUUCAGCGGUGUUCGACAGAAAAAGUGUCAGUUUUUAGUUCCAUAGAAAUAGAGCCAAACACCGCUGGGCUUUCGCAUGGUUUAAAAUGGCCGCUGCCUCGUGGUCGACAUACGAACGACGACCACCCUGAAUUCGUUUAAUUGAGAAGUGUCUGCGGUUAACCACAACGUUCUAAUUGGGUUAACCAGCAGCACACUUCUCUCUUGGGUGGCCAUCCGUUCAGUAGGUUUGUUCGGGAAAAAACAGUCAUUCGUAUGGCUGGGCUAUAGAAACAGCCAUUUACACGAAAGGGGGCAGAAAUAGACAAAUCCACCACAAUAGGUAGGCAGAUGGUUCUGUCACACCUCCCUAUAACUUCUUCUAUUACUCCAUAUAGCCUCCCUAUAACUCCUCCUAUUACUCCAUAUAGCCCUCCCUAUAACACCUCCUAUUACUUCAUAUAACCCUCCCUAUAACCCCUCCUAUUACUCCAUAUAACCCUCCCUAUAACUCCUUCUGUUACUCCAUAUAACUCUACCUAUAACAACUCCUCCUAUUACUCCAUUUAACUAUCCCUAUAACUCCUCCUAUUACUCCACAUAAUGAUCCCUAUAACUCCUCCUAUUACUCCAUGUAACCCUCCCCAUAACCCUUCCUAUCACUUCAUAUAACCCUCCCUAUAACUCCUCCUAUUACUCCAUAUAACUCUCCCUAUAACUCCUCCUAUUACUCCAUAUAACCUCCCUAUAACUCCUCCUAUUACUCCAUGUAACUCUCCCUAUAACUCCUCCUAUUACUCCAUAUAACCCUCCCUAUAACUCCUCCUAUUACUCCAUGUAACCUUCUCUAUAACUCCUCCUAUUACUCCAUAUAACCUCCCUAUAACUCCUCCUAUGACUCCAUAUAACCCUCCCUAUAACUCCUUCUGUUACUCCAUAUAACUCUACCUAUAACAACUCCUCCUAUUACUCCAUUUAACUAUCCCUAUAACUCCUCCUAUUACUCCAUAUAACUCUCCAUAUAACUCCUCCUAUUACUCCACAUAACGAUCCCUAUAACCCCUCCUAUUACUCCAUAUAACCCUCCCUAUAACUUCUCCUAUUACUCCAUAUAACUCUCCCUAUAACUCCUCCUAUUACUCCAUAUAACCCUCCCUAUAACUUCUCCUAUUACUCCAUAUAACCUUCCCUAUAACUCCUCCUAUUACUCCAUAUAACCCUCCCUAUAACUCCUCCUAUUACUCCAUAUAACCUCCCCAUAACUCCUCCUAUUACUCCAUAUAACUCUCCCUAUAACCCCUCCUAUUACUCCAUAUAACCCUCCCUAUAACCCCUCCUAUUACUCCAUAUAACCUCCCUAUAACUCCUCCUAUUACUCCAUAUAACCCUCCCUAUAACUCCUCCUAUUACUCCAUAUAACCCUCCCUAUAACUCCUCCUAUUACUCUAUAUAACCCUCCCUAUAACUCCUCCUAUUACUCUAUAUAACCCUCCCUAUAACUCUAUAUAACCCUCCCUAUAACUCCUAUGUGUUGGAGCUCCUGUAGGGGGACUGAGGAUGGUGUUGAUGUUCUGGAUACUAGUUCUGCUCUAGUCCCAGGCCUGGAGGUGUUGGAAACCCAAGAAGCCCAAACAAAUGAAAGCAGACAUUUUAAGGAAAGUUUAAUUAGUAAAGCUUUGACGGUUUGGGACAAAAGACUGGGAGAUGCUUCUGCUAAUUAUCAGACUUUAUGUGCAAUGUAUGAUGAUUUGUACAAGCAGAAGCAAGAUUUGGUAAAGAAAGUGGAUGAAGUAACCCAGGAAUCUGAGAGAACAGGUUUUCUGCAGCAGAUUGAUCAGAUCCAGGUGGAGAUCGACUCCCUACAAACGGCAAUGGAUGUAAAAGAGCAAAGCAUUGAAAAACUGAAAAGUGCAAUAAAAGGUGAGGAAAGAAAAUGUUAUAAAAUGCAAAAGUUAAACCCAUUAAGGAUUAAGAAGGUACCAACACAACCGCUAAAAGACAAGCAAGUAGGGGUAAUGAUAAAGAAAUUAAGUGAUAAAAUGUGCCCAGUGACUUUACCUGCUCAAACAGGAGAGGCUGCUGCUGAAUGUAAAUCUGAGAGUGCACCUGGGUGCAAUAAACCAGCAGCCCUCAGCAUAGCCAUACCUGAAUGCUUAAAUGAAAUAACUGUCCAUAAGCUGAGAUCUAGGAGCAUAAAACGUGUUGUGGAAACACUUAUUGAGAAAGAAAGUGAUUUGCAAAAACCUCUUGAUGUAAGCAUUGCAAGAGAUACAACACAAAGCAGAGAUUCCACAGCAAAGCAGAAUCUGGAGGAAUCACCAGAUAGACAUCUGCAAUCUGGAACUGGCUCUAGCAAUGCGGUAGGACAAAAACAUGGACCGGAUUCAGGUACUAAAAAGGGAAUAGGAACCAUCAUACAGAACAGCUCACAGGUAAAUGUACAACAACCUGCAGCAAGCGGGAAUUUGUUUUCAAAUGUUGCAAGAUCAAGGGGAGAUGUAUCUAAGCGGAAGAAUGCAGUGCGUCUGUUGUUCACAGGACCAGAACCUGACAUUCCAGACAGAAUAUUCAUUGGUCUCAAACUCUUAA